AUGUCGGGAACCCCCGAACCCACCAAGAAAAAGAGAAAGAGAAACACCAUUGUGUGUUUGCGUUGUCGCAAGAAGAAGGCUCGGUGUGAUAAGAACUUGCCUUGUAACCAGUGUAUCAAGGCUAAAUGCGCCAGUGAAUGCACCUAUGGUUCAAAACCCAUAUGGUCGACCUCGCCCGAAAACAGGGCCACGAAUCAGCCAGCACAUAGUACGGUGCAGUUGGAAACACCCAUAGACUACUCAUCGAAGGUGUACCCCGAGAAGGAGGUUUUCAUUCCUCGCAACUCGAACCCUCUCCGAAUUCAUCUCGAAGACAAACAAUACCUUGUUGGCGUUAACCCCAUGGUGCGUUCUACAGACAUGAUCAAUCUCCAUAUGGAUCUUUCGCGCGUCGAAGACUAUACGCAUGGAAGUAAUGACCCCAAGAAGAGCUGGUCUCUUCCCUAUAGAGGUAUCAAGGUCGCUGCGCGUCCAAUUGGGUUCAAUGAAGUGUCUCAACAGGAGCACGGUGCCAGUUUGUUCUGGAGUUACAGCUACAACGAGGAGCGGUUGCGAAUCUUCUUGGCGCAGAUGUUAAGAACCCGAGACCCCAACGUCUUGAAGACGACCGCGGACUAUUUUGGAGCGCGCUUCAUCAGCAACUCUCCCCAAAGUCAGCAAGAUGCGAAGGCAAAGGUUACAUUGUAUGGCCUGGCUCUCGGUUUGGGCUACAACCUCGAUUGCUCAGAGCAGGACCAUUUCCAUAUCUUGCUCGGCAAGAUCUUUCCGAAGAAAGUUGUUCUCGUCACAUACUUAGAGUGGUUUUUUGCAAAAGUCUACCCGGUGUACCCAAUUGUGGAUGAGGCUUGGAUAUACGAGCAGGUCAACCGCUUGUUCACCUACUCUAUGUCUGGCGAAGUCUUACUACUGGUCAACUCGGGAUCGCGGGUUGAUUUCCUUAUUCUUGGUAUUAUCCUCUUAAUGACGAGGUUGGCGUAUCUUUCACAGCUAACUAAUAUUCGAACUCAGAAUGAGGUCACCUUGAUGUCAACCCGUAUUGGUAACCUGUCGAUGGCAGACCAUCCUAUUACUUUAAGCGCUGUCGAUUUUGCUUUUGAGCUCAUUCAUCAGGGAAGUAGCCGCCGAAAGGUCUCUUUCCUUUAUAUUCAAGCUUGCAUGUUUAAAUGCAUCACCAAAAUGCUCGCGCUUGAGAACGAGGCUGCUCUUUAUGCGUUUGACAGUGACUGUAGCGUCAGUCAUCUUGUGCUGAUGGCUGUAUCCCUCAGCUUAGAACGAGAUCCCGACAAUAUCACAAACUUUCCGGGUGAAGCCAAGCAUCGUAACUUACGAAGAAAGAUAUGGUACACGCUUCUUAUCAUUGACUACCAAACAGUCACUAUUUACCACAGCGCUCGCUGUAUUGCUCCUGACUCAUAUAACAUUGUUCUCCCUGCUUUUACAAAAGAAGGCUCAAAUUUGAGCGAUCUCGAGUUGGAAGAAGCAUCAAUUGCACACUUGCGCGAUACUUUUCGUGCAUUUGAAGCGGCUGAAGAUCUUAUUGCCUUGAAUCUCAAUUUGCAACUGAACUAUCCUGUCAUAACAGUGUUGGAAAAACUACAUGAUCUUGAGGUCACAGUCGCAGAAAAGUUGGGUACUACGGGAUCUAUCAUUGAAAACGCCCCUUCCAAUAGAUUUACCCAGGUAUUGGGUGCCUCAAAACUCCGAACUCAAGUUGUUUUGCGUCUAUUCAUGGCUUCGAUUUAUUAUUUCCUUCAUAUCUACUACCUGUAUAAGGAUGAUCAAGACCUUGAAUUUUUCUUCUUCAGAAAAGUUCUACUCAUUGUGUACUCAGAACUUGACUGGCUAUCUAUGGAGCUUGUGGUCAAAUCACGCGAAUUUUUUAAUUCAAAUUUUGCUCUUAUCAUGAGUCCUAUUAUUCUGAUUUACAUUCACAUCUAUUCGAUGGUGUCGCUAGGGUUUUUUGUCCGUUUACGCUGCUCGAUGAUAAUAUCGCAGAACUCUCCUGAAAAAUUGGCUCAUUACCAGCAGCUAUUCAAUCACAAUCACAGCAAGGUAAUCUCAAAACUCAAAGUCACAAAGCUUCUAGGCGAAAGAUACUUUUUUGCGUGGAAAUGCUCAAAAACGCAUGAUUUUGGAUGUCAAGUCAUAUACGGAACCUCCUUGUAUGAGACUAGUGUUGAACAGCUUGAAAAGACAGCCUUGAAGUUGACAGACCUGCAAAUUCUGGACUUGAGCGCGACAGUUUCAAUCGAGACCCCAUUGCAAUUUGAUGAUGCUCAGUUUCUUAGUGAUCACUGUUACGCCGAUUGCGAUAGGGUCGAAGAGAGGUUCCUCAAAGGCAAAGACUUGUACAAAAAUAUCCAGACAGACAAUUUUUGGAUUCAACUCAAUUCUAUCACAGAAAAGGAUCUCGUCAUUUUUGGACUUUCGACAAAUCUCAAGACAUCGAAGGAAAACGGCGAAACACAUGUGGUAUCCACUAAUUCAAUUCCAGGUGUGACCCUGAAUGUUUUACCUCAGCCAGAUCUGAUCUUUUCUAAUACGGAUAUGAAACCCGUUUUGACACCAGGCAAUGGAGCAAAGUAUCCACUUCUUCCUUCCAUGUCUAAUGGUGGGCCAGCAAUGACAAUGUCCCAACAAGACGCAAACAUUUACGCAUCUGAUAUAAUUCCUGAACUCAGAGACUUGUUGGACUUCAAUACUAUGACGACAGACUUGAGUCUUGACGACUUUUUUGCGUGUUCGUUGAAGCCUAAUAACAUGCCCUAA